AUGAAAGGAGCUUACGCCAAUACGAAGCACUCCUCCCUGAGAAGAUGGUUCCCUCUUAUCUCAACAGGCCUGCUGCUGCUCUUAUCACCGUGCAUUCCGUACAAACUGUACAAGGAGAUUGAUAUCACGGGACAAGACCUGGACGGGCUGUGUCCACUAGGCGAGGCUAUACGUCCCUUGUCUUUCAUCAACGAUAACUCCACACUGGAGUACAUCCUCAAGGAUGAGGACUAUAAGCAGAGCGCUGCCCAGAGACUGGGCGGGGUGGUGAAGAUCCCGUCCAUAUCUUACGAUGAGAUGCCUGAGCCCCGUGGCGGCGACGCUGUGUGGGAGCCCAUGAAACGAGUCCAUGAGUACCUGGAGGCGCAAUUCCCACUGGUCCACACGAGUCUCACAGUGGAGAAAGUGAACGAGGUCGGCCUCCUGUACACGUGGACAGGGUCGAAUCCCUUGCUGAAGCCCAUGCUGCUCACAGCACACAUGGACGUUGUGCCAGUGGAGCCAGAGACUCGCAAGUUUUGGAAGUACGAGCCGUUCAGUGGCCACUACGAUGGUGAAAGGGUCUGGGGACGAGGCGCUUCAGACGAUAAGUCGAUGCUCAUGGACAUCUUGGAGGCGCUGGAGAAACUGCUCAAGGAGCAGUACCAGCCUUUGAGGUCCAUAGUGGUUGGGUUUGGCUACGAUGAGGAGAGUGCCGGGAAUGGCGCUUAUCACAUUGCACAACUCUUGCAAGGGCGGUAUGGUGAGAACUCCUUCUACUCCCUCGUGGAUGAAGGCUCGUCCCUCACGAAGAUUGAUGGGAGAGUGUUUGCCUUUCCCUCUGUUGCAGAGAAGGGAGCCACUGCGUUGACCAUCUCGUUGACUACUCCUGGUGGACACUCUUCAGUGCCACCUCCUCAUACCAACAUUGGCAUCAUGGCCAAGCUCAUUGACGAGAUCGAGUCUAGUCCUUUUGGCUAUGAGCUGGCAGAGGAGAACCCGACACUCACCAGGCUGCAAUGUGUUGCCAAGUAUACCAAUACGUUUACCGGGAUGCUGAAGAAGUGUAUACUGGGUGCUCAUAAGAGCUCUCUGGCAAAGAGAAAGGUGGUGCAGUACCUAUCAAGCUCGAGAGAGACAGAGUUCAACAUCAAGACCACACAGGCUAUCGACAUCAUUAAGGGCGGGGUGAAGGAGAAUGCUUUGCCGGAGUAUUCGUCAUUAGUUGUUGACCACCGUAUCAAUGUUGGAUCUUCGUGGAAUGAAACCACCACGAAGAUCUUAGAUAACGUGCUGAGGGUUGCCGAGGCGUUCAACUUGGGCGUCGUGCUUGGAGAUGAUGAGAUAGUUAGCCGUACUGCUGAUGGUGUCUUUCAGAUAACUUGGGAUAGACAGUUGGAGCCAGCUCCUGUCUCGCCAACUUCAGGCGAGACCUGGGAUAUCUUCUCAGGUUCGAUUAAACAUAUUGUUGAAGAUUACAUCGACCCUGAGGGGCCACCAGCAGUGGUGACAGGUAAUUUGAUGAUGGGUAACACCGAUACGUGCCAGUAUUGGAAUCUCACUGAGAACAUCUAUCGGUUCUCUAUGUCCGACCCAGGGGCCCAGAAGUCCCGCAUUCACAGCGUGAAUGAGUAUCAGCUGAUGAGCAGCCAUCUCUACGGAAUUGGAUUCAUCUACGAGUACAUCAAGAACGUGAACGAUUAUGCAACGGUGCCUUGA